AUGUUGCAAGUCGGGAGGCUGAUCAGGGACUCCCCAGUACGAUGGGAGGCCGCCUACAAGGCGUUCCUAGCUGCGACUGAGACGACACGUCCCCGUGCCUACCUGGAAUUUUUAGAGGACAACAUCCCAAUACCGACUCCGCGCCAAGAGGGGGCCGCCGUCCGUGUACUCAGUAUUGGGAGUGGAUCAGGAGAGGUGGACAGCGCUAUCUUGAGGAAGAUCCUGCAAAGGCAAAGCAGCGUGUACAACAGAGUCGUGGAACCGUCAGGAGAAAUGCUAAAGGAUUUUAAGGCUCUGGUACAACAUGACACGAGCCUGGGUGCAGUGAAGUUUGACUGGCGCCAACAGACAGCGGAAGAGUACUUCUCCCAGUCCGAUGGUACCAAGUUCGACCUUGCCCAUGCCGUGCACGCUCUGUACUUUGUGGACGACCACGACGCCACCUUGCGGAACAUGUGGGAACAACUGGAUGAGGAAGGCCACCUGUUUGUCCUCGCUCUUACGGGCAUCAAUUACGUCAUCACUGAUGAGCAGGAGCAGUACGUCAACGUGGCGGAGUGCUUCAAGGAGCAUUCGGAGGCGGGAAGACUGCUUCUCGACUUCUUGACGCAAACGUCGAAUGUCUCCGCACACCCCGAGAUGAGGUCGAAAGUCUUGGAGUAUUUUCUGCGUAAUUCGUCGUCCGUGGAUGAUAAGAUCCUUUUCAGUACAGCUAACGCAGCUAUCAUCGCCCGUAAAAGUACACAGAAGUAA